ACUGGAACCUGUGUCCACAGAAUGCUGUCCAGUUUCAACGAGUGGCUUUGGCAGCACAGGUUCUGGUUACCACCCAAUGUCACAUGGGCAGAGCUGGAAGACCGGGAUGGCCGUGUCUACCCCCACCCCCAAGACAUGCUGGCAGCCCUGCCCCUGGCACUGGUCCUCCUGGCCAUGCGCCUCGCCUUUGAGAGAUUCAUCGGCCUGCCCCUGAGCCGGUGGCUGGGUGUGAGGGAUCAGACCAGGAAGCAGGUGAAGCCGAAUGCCACGCUGGAAAAAUACUUCCUCACAGAAGGGCACAGGCCCGAGGAGCCCCAGCUCUCCCUCCUGGCUGCCCAGUGUGGCCUCACACUGCGGCAGACCCAACGAUGGUUCCGGAGACGCCGAAAGCAGGAUCAAACGCAGCUGACCAAGAAGUUCUGUGAGGCCAGCUGGAGGUUUCUUUUCUACCUGUCCUCCUUCGUGGGUGGUCUCUCGGUCCUGUACCACGAAUCAUGGCUGUGGGCCCCAGUAAGGUGCUGGGACAAUUACCCAAACCAGCCCCUGAAGCCAUCCCUGUACUGGUGGUACCUCUUGGAGCUGGCGUUCUACCUCUCACUGCUAAUCCGGCUGCCCUUUGAUGUCAAGCGCAAGGAUUUCAAGGAGCAGGUGAUACAUCACUUCGUGGUGGUCAUCCUGAUGACCUUCUCCUACAGCACCAACCUGCUGCGCAUCGGCUCUCUGGUGCUGCUGUUACACGAUUCCGCCGACUACCUGCUGGAGGCCUGUAAGAUGGUCAACUACACGCAGUAUCAGCAAGUGUGUGACGCGCUCUUCCUCAUCUUCUCCUUGGUCUUCUUCUACACCCGACUGGUCCUCUUCCCCACCCAGAUCCUUUACACCACAUACUACGAGUCCCUUGGCAACAGGGGCCCCUUCUUCGGCUACUACUUCUUCAACGGGCUUCUGAUGUUGCUGCAGCUGCUGCACGUGUUCUGGUCUUGCCUCAUUCUGCGCAUGCUCCGUAGCUUCAUAAAGAAGGGUCAGAUGGAGAAGGACAUUCGUAGUGAUAUGGAAGAAUCAGAUUCCAGUGAGGACGAGGCGGCGGCCCAGGAAUCUCUACAGCUCAAGAACGGGGCAGCUCGAGGGCCGAGGCCAGCCCCCACUGAUGGCCCUCGGAGCCGGGUGGCCGCGCGUCUAACCAGGCACACAACGGCCACAUAGCCAGGCGGGGCUGGCCGUCAAGGGCUGCCCCCAACACCUUGGAUAUUUCUGGGGUGACUGGACUGGCGGCCCUGGGCCACCUUUCCGGAGACAGGGAGAGCCCCACCCGGGGUGGGCGGGGAGGGUUGAUGAUCUGUCUCCAGCCCCUUCCUUCUGCCCACCCGCCCUUCUUCCCUCUGGGCAAAUGGACAGGGCCGAGAGCCAGCAGCUGGAUGUUGUGCCUGGCCAGAGACACCUCCAGGCUGUAGCCUGGGGGCUGGGGGGAGCCCCAGCCUGAAAAGGGUCCGAUUAGAACAUAAACAGAGCCAAAUUUUCUGCCUGAGAACUUGGGUCCCUAUCAAAGCUCCUUCUUCAUCCCCCGAGACUCCCGAGGGAGCCAGGCCUCUAGACUUACAUACCCCACUGACGGGAUACUCACAUACCCCACUGACAGGAUACUCACUGCCACCCAAGGCUGCAGGGCCCCAGGGGCCCCAGAUAGGAACAGAGCCCAGAGACCACCCCCUCCGCAUGCUGUUCCCAGAUGAGCCCCUGACUCGCCAGCCAGUGACUCAAGCCCCUCCCUCCACCCUUAGGGUACCCUUGGUCAGUCUCUCAAAGACUUACAGACUAGCUCUGAAAGGUCACGUCCUUUGCCCAAGCUCACACGGAGGUCGCGGACCAGGCCUGUCUCCGAAGUCCUUAAGUCCAGGAGAUUUCCCGUCUUCGUGGUCCCUGAAGCCUCUCUUGGGAUAGUGGAGGGAGUGGGGUAAAAUCCCACAGGCUUCCCAAGGGUUAGCCUCGGGGAGGUCACUGUCUCUUCAAGGGUUCCAAAAAUAAAGAAACGGAGGCGAGGCCAGGCCUGGUGGCUCACACCUGGAAUCCCAUCACUUUGGGAGGCUGAGGCAGGCAGAUCACUUGAAGUCAAGAGUUCAAGACCAGC